ACUACUCGAUCGUCCAGAACAUACCAGAUGCCACCUUUACUUAUAAAUACCUGACCUGUCCCAUCUCUAGCACGAAAAAAUCGAGAACAAGAAGAAGCAAUCAAAACAUUAGCAGCAAGUAAACGAAGAUUAAUUCUCUGAAAAAAGAAGUAAAAGAUGGCAACGAUUCCAAGCUUCUUUUACAACCGACGAGCCAACAGCAUUUUCGACCCAGUCUCUGCAUUCGAUGUUUGGGAUCCACUCAAAGACUUCCCUUUCACUUCCCCUAAUUCACUCAUCUCUCGUGAAAACUCAGCCUUUGUCAACACCCGCAUUGAUUGGAAAGAGACCCCAGAAGCCCAUGUAUUCGAGGCAGAUCUUCCGGGGCUUAAAAAAGAGGAAGUGAAGGUUGAAAUCGGAGAUGACAGAUUGCUUCAGAUUAGCGGAGAGAGUAAUGUGGAGAAGGAAGACAAGAACGAUACAUGGCAUCGUGUGGAGCGUAGCUGUGGCAAGUUCUUGAGGAGGUUCAGGCUGCCUGAGAAUGCGAAAACAGAUGAGGAAUGUAUAUAGAUCACUCAUUGCAACAAAGUUACCGAGUCUUCAUCUAUUCACUGCCUUUUCCUUUGCCAAAUUAGGCGCAGAAAAAUGAUUCUGAGCAAGCAAAAGCCUAAUGUACAACUGCCAUCAUAAGCUUCAUGAAAACUAUCAUUACUUGGGACUGCAGACUACAGGGUUUUGGUAAGACAGCAAAGAGUUGCAAGGAGAACGGUUUUUCAUCGCUCAGUGCAUUCCGCUUAUACAAUUUGCAAGAUAGAACAGCAGAAUGUAAUUAUUGUUUAGGAGGACGGAAAUAUCCAUAGAAAGCAAAGAAGGCCUGUAUCAUAGUGAGGAUGAGUAGAACAACUGCAGCUAAAGCUGAUAUGAAGGACCAUGUGGUGUCAAAAUAAGUAUGCUUGAACUCUGCCCAUCUAACUUGCCAUUUGUUGCUGCAGUGCUCGUUGACAUCCUCAAACACUUUUGACAGGUAACUCCACUGAAUAUCAAAAGUAACAUCCUUGCCAAUAUUAUUGAAGAAACUAGCAACUUCCUCGUUGGCUCCGAAGGAAUUCUCAACUAUUUUGUAAUCACAUAAGAACCCCGCAUCACUAGGGGUGUUGAUGAGGCAGCCCAUGAAGGUAACAUAACUUGUAAUGUGGUUUGAGCAAUGGUUAUAGCAUUGUUCAAAUGCAACACAAUUGAGGAUGACAGAUGUAAUGAAAUCAUCUAUUGUUAAAAGUGGGAUUUCAAGGACUCCAUUGCUGAAUUCGAUGUCCAAGAAGCUGUCAGUCUCCCUUGGCUUGAACUUUAUUCCAGCUUGAUGAAGCUUCUUGGCAGAAUGAAUCAAUUGAAGGAAUGGACUGAUCUUUCUAGGCACUUCUUGGGACGAAGCUGGGAUGAUAGUCGAGCGAAACAAAUCUAGUAAAUGCUCCCCCCUAAUGUCUUUAUACCUUCUUAGGACUUCAGGAGGUCUUUCAGCAGCAUGAUCAAAGAAUUUCAAGGCAAGUUCCGUCAGGGAUGAAACAUUUUGUUUUCUUGAAGAUAAGAUUGAGGUCUCGAACAGAGUUUCAAGAACAAAGAAGGGAAUUUGGUUCUCUAACUUGAGAAGAUCACGCAUGAUAACGAAAAACAUCAGUGUCAUAUUGAAUAUAGGGUCAUCAAUAUCUCUUUGCACUAUCCCUCCAAUGAUGCAGAAGAGCUCAAUAAUGAAACACCCAUCAAGCACCAUCAUCUCAAUUAAUUCUUGUCUGCUACAUUCAAUAGUCUCAGAGUAACAAUCUCUUAUCUUCUCCUCAAUCGGUGCUAUGGCUUUGAAGAAGUCGUUGAUUCCAAUACCAUGUUGCUGUGUUCGAGCAAGAAUACCGCCAAGAAACCGCCAUUUGUGUUCUUCGAUCAUCUUGAGGUGCACUUUGCCAUAGUGGUAAGGACCAAUGGAGACAAUAUGGGGAUGAUAGGCCUUCUCGUUAAUCUCGACGAGGCUUUGAGGCACUCUAAAGAUGCAGCAAGAGCUCUUGCCGGCGGAUUUUUUUAACAAUUUUGGCAAUAGCUUAGUCUUUUUUUCUACUGAUUUUAGCCAUUGCCUGUCUGCCUCCGUGAUGCUAGUGACAUGAUCAUCAGAGGUUUCUGCAUUUUCCUGGCUUUGGUCUCCGAUGAGCCUUAAUUCUGUUUCCAUGUAUUUCUUCAGAGAAUUUCAGCAGAUUCUAAACACAAUUCACAUAAUAAUCUUAUUCAGACUCUAAAA